AUGUUAAAAGAAACCUUCAUCAUAAUCAUCUUCCUUGGCUCCUUUGCUGCAUAUACAUUCAAUCCUAAUUCUGAUACUGAUUUCUUUAUAAAAUCAUCAUUUAGUGAAUCCUGCGGACAUGUCUUCAACAUCCCCACAAAUACAUAUUAUAAAUAUGGCGACUGCUACGAUCCCAGCUAUACAGUAAGCUGCGAGAACAACAGAAGUGUGUUGUCUGUAAACUAUGGAAGGCGCUUGGUGCAGGCCGUUUAUGCCACUAACUCCACAAAUCUCCAAUCCAUUACCUCCGGACUUGACAUCAACAAUUGCUACGCGAUCUCUCGUCAUUCUCUCACAUACAGCAACUUCUUCAACCACAAUUUCAAAGCCAAAGAGAGGAAACCAAGCAACAAAAAAUACCAUUAUCAUGUGGGCGGAUUAGUGUUUGUCAGCUGCCAAAAUCCAGUUCACUCUCCUUCGUAUGCUGAAAUUGUGGCUCCUUGUUCUAGUGAAGCACCAAAAACUCGUUAUUCUUAUGUGCUGACGGGGGAUCCAAGUGUAUCUGAUGUGGAAGAGUCGUGCAAAAUAGAUAUGUUGGUGAAGGUUUUGCCAUGGGGGCCAAUGAGAUGUAAUAAGAAUUGUUCAUAUCCAAAAGUUCAGAGGGAAGAGGUAAAGGAGAUUCACAUCAAAUGGAUUGCUGAUCGUUGUGGAGUGUGGGAUGGAGGGCAACCAAACUGCUGGUUUGAAAAUGCCACUAAUAUGGUUCUUUGUCAUCGUCCACUUGAUCUUGCAACGGUUUCAGUGACUUACUGGUCUGCAGCUAAAUUUGUAUUGGGUACACCUUUUGUUUUAAUAUUCUUGAUUCUUCGAUGGAGAAGAAGGCAUCAAUCUUAUUAUGACAAUGUCGAGGACUUCCUCCGAAAUAAUAGUAACCUGAUGCCCAUCAAGUACUCUUACUCAGAGAUCAAGAAAAUGACCAACGGCUUCAAACACAAGUUAGGUGAAGGAGGCUACGGCUAUGUGUAUAAAGGUAAGCUUCGAAGCAAUCGCGAUGUAGCCAUCAAGUUACUGGCGAAGUCCAAAGCCAAUAGAGCACAAGAUUUCAUAAGCGAAGUUGCCACUAUUGGCAGGAUUCAUCAUGUCAAUGUGGUGCAGCUGAUUGGAUUCUGCACUGAAAGAAAUAAGCGGGCUCUUGUUUAUGAAUUUAUGCCUAAUGGAUCUCUCGACAAGUACAUAUUCUUGGAGAGACAAGGGAAUGUGCCCAUCAAUCAUGACAAAAUAUUUAACAUUUCUCUUGGGGUUGCCCGAGGAAUUGAAUAUUUACAUCGAGGAUGUGACGUGCAAAUUUUACACUUUGAUAUCAAACCUCACAAUAUCCUUCUUGAUGAAAAUUUUAAUCCAAAGAUUUCGGAUUUCGGAUUGGCUAAGUUGUACCCAUUAGAUAAUAGUAUCGUGUCUUUGACAAAUGCAAGAGGAACAUUUGGAUACAUGGCUCCUGAAUUCUUGUACAAGAACAUUGGAGGAAUAUCACACAAAGCUGAUGUUUAUAGUUUUGGGAUGCUACUAAUGGAAAUGGCUAGCAGAAGGAAGAACUCGAAUGUCAUUGAGCAUUCCUGGCAGACCUAUUUUGCUAAAUGGGUUUAUGAUCAAUUUGAGGAAUCAAUAGAGGGGAGCAAUAUCUCAGAUGAGGAAAGAGGAAUUGCAAAGAAGAUGAUUAUAAUAGCUUCACAUUGCAUACAGAUGUAUCCUAAUGAUCGACCCUCCAUGAAGAAUGUGUUAGAGAUGCUUGAAGGAGAAAUGGAGCUUCAAGAGGCUCUUCCUCCCUAA